CGACACUUCCUCCCCCUGUAUGGCGGGAAAUCGCCCGAAUGGGUCUAAGAUUGUCCAUGCUACGCAGUAAGCACGAGAUAUCUAUGAUCGCGACCGCUUGGGUGCCAUCCGAUGCAUGCAAGUGAGCUUUAUUAUAUGAAGGGUUCACUCCACCGCAAUGGAACCUGUUCUCCGAGCUACUCUGCUAACCUGACUCUGCUUUCCCUUCACGCGUCAAUUGGUUUUCCUCAUCUGACAACCCUACGAGGAAAGCGAUCAAGAUGUCGCGGUUUCCAAAGAUCACCAAUACCUACUUCAUGGCCAUUGUGGCCACGGUGGGAGGUAUGCUCUUCGGUUUCGAUAUCUCCUCCAUGUCGGCCAUCGUCAUUACCGAUCAGUAUAUCAACUACUUCAAUAACCCAUCUGGUCUUACUCAAGGCGCCAUUGGUUCUGCUCUUGCUGCUGGUUCUGUUGUUGGUAGUUUGAUGGCUGGUCCUAUAUCCGAUAAAUGGGGUCGGCGCGACAGUAUUAUGUUUGCUUGUUUCUGGUGGCUCAUCGGUACUGCGGUUCAGGUUUCGACCAACGGUGUUGGUUCCCUAAUCGCUGGUCGUGUCUUGAACGGUGUCUGCGUUGGUAUCACUUCUUCUCAAGUGCCUGUUUAUCUAGCCGAAAUUGCCAAACGAGAAUCUCGCGGUCGCAUUAUCAUCAUUCAGCAGCUUGCUAUUGAGUGGGGUAUCCUGAUCAUGUACUUCAUCGGUUACGGAUGCUCUAAAAUCGAGGGUACAGCUUCUUUCCGAACUGCUUGGGGAACACAAUUCAUCCCCUGUGUUCUGCUCAUGAUUGGUCUUCCCUUUCUCCCCAGGUCUCCUAGAUGGCUUGCCAAGGUCGGUCGCGAGGAAGAAGCAAUCCAGACCCUAGCAAAUAUUCAGGCUGGCGGUAACAAGGAUGAUCCCCUCGUUAUCGCCGAGUGGGAAGAAAUAUACACAGUCCUAGUCGCAGAACGUGAAUCUAUUAGGGGCUGGAAGAAGUUCUUCGUCAAUGGCAUGUGGAAACGAACUUUAGCUGGAAUGAGUGUACAGGCUUGGCAACAAUUGAGCGGUGCCAACGUCAUCGUAUACUACAUCGGAUAUGUCUUCCUAAUGGCCGACCUUCAAGGCGAUGUUAAUUUGGUUUCUUCUGGUAUUCAAUACGCACUCUUCAUCAUCUUCACUACCGUUAUGUUCUUCUUUAUCGAUCACACCGGCCGUCGAACGUUACUCGUAUUUGGCGCCAUCGGAAUGGCUGUAUGCCAUUUUGUCGUCGGUGGUCUCCUGGGAACCUAUAGCGUCGAUGUUCCGGAAGGCGUCGGCGGAAACCAUAAUGUUGUCAUUAAAGUUACAGGCUCACCUGCUCACGGUGUCAUCGCAUUCAGCUACCUACUCAUCAUCGUCUAUGCGUUGACUCUUGCCCCAGUAGCUUGGAUCUACGCGGCAGAAGUUUGGUCACUUGGAACACGUGCGACGGGAAUGUCGCUAGCUGCGGUAGCCAACUGGCUCUUUAACUUCGCCCUGGGGCUUUUCACACCACCCGCCUUCCUUAACAUCAAAUACAAGGUAUUCAUUAUCUUCGGAGUGCUUUGUGUGGGUGCUGCUAUCCAGGCCUGGUUUACUUACCCUGAGACUUGCGGCAAGACCAUUGAGGAAAUCGAACUUCUGUUCGCCAAGGGUGCGCCAGCUGCAUGGAAGACUAAGAAGGGUGGUUCCCGCCUUGAAGCCGAAAUCCAGGCCGUACUGAACCGUAAGGAGCGAGGCGAAGAUGUUCACGCGGAAGUCCACCCGGAACUCGAGAAGCCAGAAGUCAGCGAAGUAGCGAAGGAGACGGCGUAGGGUAUUGUUUAGCGGUUGCGGAAAUCUUUUUAUAGUCUUCGACAAAUACUAAUUGGCUAGGAAUAGUUCUAAGAUAUUCCCUCAUUUCGCAGUCAAGAUUGCAGGAAAUGGACAAAAUUCUAGCUUUAAUAUACCACACAAGACAGACACAUAUGAGCUGCAAUAUUGACCUUGCUACGUUCCCGGAUUUGUUGAAGAAUGUUUGCAUAGGAGUAACACAAGAUCAUCAUUUACUGGUAUACUGGUAUUCUUACAAUGUCUUACGUCAAAUGCACUCACAUGGAUCUAGACUGGACUACAUUAGGCUCAGGUACCAGUUUCAUACAGAUAGAGUUUAUCAAUCGUUGAAGUUUA